AUGUCGGCCCGCUUCGGCAUGCGCUUUGCGCAACAAUCCACCCGCCAAUUCGCAGCCCGAACGCCUUUCAAGGCCCGAAACCCCGUUUUCCGCCGGUACCAAGGCACAGCGGCCAACCCGGCCGUCGAGGCUCCCGCGCCGCAGCAGAGCCUCUGGCAGAGAUUAUGGACAAGUGAAGUCGGGAUCAAGACGGUGCAUUUCUGGGCCCCGGUCAUGAAAUGGGGAGUCGUGCUGGCCGGCGCAUCGGACUUCCUUCGACCGGCCGAGAAGCUGUCAUUGACGCAGAACGCGGCGUUGAUGGCCACCGGCUCCAUCUGGACGAGAUGGUGCUUCAUCAUCAGACCCAAGAAUGUCCUUCUCGCAGCAGUCAACUUCUGUCUCUUCCUGGUCGGCACGAUCCAAUGCGGUCGGAUCCUCAUGUACAAGCGGUCUCAGGACGGUAGCACGGCUGCGGCCUUGAAGGACAUGGAGAAAGAACUUGUAGGAGCGGCCAAGGACGUGGAGAAGACGGUCGAGCAGAAGGUGUAA